GCGCCCCCCGGCGGCCUGAAGUAGAACUGCAGGGUAAGGUGACUCUGUAUGGGACGCGGCCCCGCCUGUGGCUGAGCAGGGUGUUCCUUCCUCGGUCAUAUGUCGGCGCUCCGGUCCGUUCACGGCAACUUCAGGCAAAGUUCGAGGAGCGGUAAAUCCCGGGUGACUUUGACCCCUUGAGCAGCGGGACAGGACAGGAUGCCGGCGGUGUCCAAAGGGGACGGGAUGCGCGGCCUGGCCGUGUUCAUCUCUGACAUCAGGAACUGUAAAAGUAAAGAGGCAGAGGUAAAGAGGAUAAACAAGGAACUGGCAAACAUCCGCUCCAAAUUUAAAGGAGACAAAGCAUUAGAUGGCUACAGUAAAAAGAAGUAUGUCUGCAAGCUGCUCUUCAUCUUCCUUCUGGGCCACGACAUCGACUUUGGACACAUGGAGGCCGUCAACCUUCUGAGCUCCAACAAGUACACAGAGAAGCAGAUUGGUUACCUGUUCAUUUCUGUGCUGGUGAACUCCAACAGCGACUUGAUCCGCCUCAUCAACAACGCCAUCAAAAACGACCUCACCAGCCGCAACCCCACCUUCAUGAACCUGGCCCUGCACUGUAUCGCUAAUGUGGGCAGCAGAGAGAUGGCGGAGGCGUUUGCCUCGGAAAUUCCCAGAAUCUUAGUGGCCGGGGAUACGAUGGACAGCGUGAAGCAGAGUGCGGCUCUGUGUCUGUUACGACUCAACAGGACGUCUCCCGACCUCGUGCCCAUGGGCGAAUGGACCGCGCGGGUCGUCCAUCUGCUGAAUGACCAACACCUGGGAGUGGUGACGGCAGCCACCAGCCUCAUUACCACUCUGGCCCAGAAGAAUCCAGAUGACUUUAAGACCUCCGUCUCUCUGGCUGUGGCCCGGCUCAGCAGGAUCGUGACGUCGGCGUCCAUUGACCUUCAGGACUACACGUACUACUUUGUAGCUGCACCGUGGCUGUCUGUCAAACUUCUGCGCCUGCUCCAGAGCUACCCUCCACCAGAGGAUGCAGCGCUGCGCAGUCGUCUGACUGAGUGCUUAGAGACCAUCCUCAAUAAAGCCCAGGAGCCUCCAAAGUCCAAGAAGGUCCAGCACUCCAACGCCAAGAACGCCGUUCUGUUUGAAGCCAUUGCCCUCAUCAUCCACCAUGACAGCGAGCCCACCCUGUUGGUGCGAGCCUGUAACCAGCUGGGCCAGUUCCUGCAGCACAGAGAAACCAACCUCCGGUACCUGGCUUUGGAGAGCAUGUGCACGCUGGCCAGCUCCGAGUUUUCCCACGAGGCCGUGAAGACGCACAUGGAAACUGUGAUCAAUGCUCUGAAGACGGAGAGAGAUGUGAGUGUUCGCCAACGUGCCGUGGAUCUGCUCUACGCCAUGUGCGACCGCAGCAACGCCAAGCAGAUCGUGGCCGAGAUGCUGAGCUACCUGGAGACCGCCGACUACUCCAUCAGAGAGGAGAUAGUGCUCAAAGUGGCCAUCCUGGCAGAGAAGUACGCCGUGGACUACACCUGGUACGUGGACACCAUCCUGAACCUGAUUCGCAUCGCCGGGGACUACGUCAGUGAGGAGGUGUGGUACCGUGUCAUCCAGAUCGUCAUAAACAGAGACGACGUCCAAGGUUACGCCGCCAAGACCGUCUUUGAGGCGCUACAAGCUCCCGCCUGCCACGAGAACCUGGUGAAGGUGGGCGGGUAUAUCCUGGGAGAGUUCGGUAACCUGAUUGCUGGUGACUCCCGCUCCAGCCCUCUGGUCCAGUUCAAUCUUCUCCACUCCAAGUUCCACCUGUGUUCUGUGCCAACUCGAGCGCUGCUGCUGUCGGCGUACAUCAAGUUCAUCAACUUGUUUCCAGAAGUGAAAGCCACCAUCCAGGAUGUGCUGCGCUCCGACAGCCAGCUUCGCAACGCUGACGUGGAGCUUCAGCAGAGAGCCGUCGAGUACCUGAGGCUCAGCUGCAUCGCCAGCACCGACAUACUGGCCACAGUCUUGGAGGAAAUGCCUCCGUUCCCAGAGAGAGAGUCUUCGAUUCUGGCCAAGCUGAAGAAGAAGAAAGGUCCCGGAAAACUGCCUGACAUGGAUGAUAGCCGCCGGAGCGUCAACGGCAGCACGGAGCACAGCGAGAACACGGACACCACAAACAAGUCUUCUUCACUGUUGGAUGACCUUCUCCCUACUGACAGGCCCCGCCCAUCCCGCUGUAGUCUCGUCUCUGCUAGGAACAUGGGCUCCACCCACUCUUUUACGGAUGUCCUGAAUCUAAACUCCACCCCCUCAUCAGGAGCCAGUCUGCUCAUUGACGUGUUUUCAGAAAGCUCCGCCCCCCCCGCAGCCAUCGACGUAUCGGAGGAAAACUUCCCCAGGUUUGUUUGUAAGAACAACGGCGUCAUCUACGAGAACCAGCUCCUACAGAUCGGCCUGAAGUCCGAGUACCGGCAGAACCUCGGUCGCAUGUACGUGUUCUACGGCAACAAGACGUCCACCCAGUUCCUCAGCUUCUCCUCAUCAGUGAGCAGCAGUGAAAUGCUGAAGUCUCAGCUGAAUGUCCACUCGAAGGCGGCCGACCCCAUGAUAGAAGGCGGAGCUCAGAUGCAGCAGAUCCUGAACAUUGAAUGUGUGUCAGACUUCAGAGACGCUCCUGUUCUCAACAUCCAGUUCAGGUACGGAGGAACCUUGCAGAACAUCGCCGUGAAACUCCCCGUGAUGCUCAACAAGUUUUUUCAGCCCACAGAGAUGAUGUCGCAGGACUUCUUCCAGCGCUGGAAGCAGCUCGGAGCUCCACAGCAGGAGGUUCAGAAAAUCUUCAAAGCCAAACACCCGAUGGACACCGAGGUCACCAAGGCCAAGAUUUUAGGCUUUGGUGUCGCUCUGCUGGACGGCGUCGAUCCCAAUCCUGCGAACUUUGUCGGAGCGGGAGUGAUUCACACGAAGACCACUCAGGUGGGCUGCCUGCUGAGACUGGAGCCCAACAUGCAGGCACAGAUGUACCGCCUCACGCUGCGGACCAGCAGGGAUUCGGUGUCUCAGAGACUCUGUGAGCUGCUCUCUGACCAGUUUUAGCCUCUCGCUGCGCCUGUUACACCUCAGCUCCUGUACAGUGUAAAGUCUUUUUUUAUUUUUCAUGCUUUCCAUCUGAAUGAAUUGAAAUGUAUUUUUGCACACUGCUUUAUUAAUCACACGUCACUGCUUUGAACGUGCCCUGUACUCUCACUGUGAACACUUAGUGUUGCAGACGCUUUGCUGCAGCUCCACGUUUAUAACUCUGCUGCUCGAGUCUUUAUUCACACUUUCUGACAAUCUCACCAAUGAGCUCAGCAUUUUAGGUCACAUGUUUGGCCUUUGGUCUGGUCUGAAGUCGACAGGAGGACUUUAAUGUUGUUUUUCUCAGGAGGAAAAGCUUCACGUUUUGUGUCUUUGGUAUAAAAACAGACUUGGGAUGCUUUGGAUGCUUCUGUUUUUUACACACAAUGGCAAAAAGUCGUCAUAGAACACUAGCUGGGAUUUUCUUAUUGUGAUGGAGUUCAGAAAAUCCAAAGAGUGUGAUCAUAAAGUUCUGCCUAUGAAAAUAUAAUUUUUCUUCUUGUGUGCCUCUGAGCUGCUUUCAGUGCUGAGUGAUCGCUCUCUGAGGCUCUCUGACCACUGGCACGAUUUCUCCUCAGCCCUGUGUCUGUCUGAGCUAGCAGCGCUGGAAGGAGGCGCAUGUGGUGAGGAGCAUGCCCAGGAGCUGCUCCUCCUGUUACUCUUCCUGUCUGUUUCCUCUCCGCUCUUAGAACAGGACUUAUCAAAAUGACAGCUUUGAUUGGCCAAUUAUAUUUUAUUUCUAUGGGCUGGACUUUGUGAUUGCACCUUCUUCUUACCUCCAGAUGGGCGUGUCUAUGUAACUGAGAGCAUAAAUGGCCUUAAAAUUAGCCUUCAGUGGUCUAAAUCACUGCCAUACACACUACCUUUGCCUUAAAGCUUCAUGAGUUCAGAGCACUGCUGGACUGCUCACUGAUGUUUGCUGUAUCUUCUGUCUUUGUGUGGCGUGUCCUGAUCCUAAUCCUUGAUGGCACACGUGAUGAGUAGAGUACAGACUGCCUGUCCGCAGGUAAAAAUAAUCUUCCACCUCCUGCAAAGAAGUUUGAGCCCAACAGUCUUCCGUUUUGCAGGGGUGUGACAGCGUGACAUGAAACACAGUUUUUAUCCUUCAUACCCUGAGCUGCACUCGCUGCCUUCCACUGUUCCUGAGCUGCAGGUUAACACCUCACCUGUGGGUCCCAGCUGGCUCCAGGAGACAAACUGAGCCAAACCGCUGAGUGCCUUCAGUUUCAGAUUUUCCAACCACAUUUAAAGAAAGCAAAGCUGUGUGUGUGAAGACUGGCAGAGGCUUUUGUAGCAUCUCUUAAGUCUUCUUUUCCUUUACUCCCGUGCCGUCACCGUUAAAGCUGUCAUCAGAUAAAUGCUCUGCUAACCUCACAGCACGCCCCGAUAACACAGCAGCUGAUUCAGCCUGAAGUUACCUUCAACACCUGAUCGGAGCUGAGAGGGAGCAUUUACUCUGAUUACUUCAGCUGACAGAAACUCCAGUGUGUUUGUCACCACAUGCCAGCUUCUCUUCAAACAGGAAAUGUUGGAGGAACAGUCCUGUCUGUGUUUGAGUCUGUGGUAGGAACCAGUAGUUAGAAUCUAAUUACUCCUCCGCUGGAAAACAUCACUGAACUUUGUGCAGGUGGUUUCUGAACUUUAAACUGAAACGGGGGGGCGAUGGUGGUCGAUGCAGUCGCGUGGUAGAAACACCUGUGACACCGGGUGACCCUCUGUGACCCUGAGACUGCUGCACAUAACUAUUAAUGAUCCUCCCACAUCCUAAACAGCAGCUCGGCUGAGGAGGUGAGGAUGAACGCAGCCUGGCUCGGCCUCCUGCUCCUGCUCUCCUCACUGCAGUUACACACUGGAUCAGGAAAUCUGAACUUUUGUGUGUGAGAACAUUUCAUGCUGCAGCCUGUGAGCCGGGUCAGAACCCUUCACAGGAUCAUCUCGGUGAUUCACCCUCAGCAUAAAGUCGCCUCUCAGUGGAUUUUGGAGUGUUUUUUUUUUCUUUUUGGACAUGGUGGUGGUUUGGAGGCUGGAUUGUGGCAUAUACACAGCAUAUUCACACAUAAAUCAUGACUGAACUAAACGGUGAGUUUGAGCUUUUAGGGAGGAGACGAAACCGCGAUGGGAAGGCUGCGCGCUUGCUUUGGGCAUGAAGCUUUUAGUGAAAGUGACUCCAAAGAAUCACCCAGCUUUAGUGCACCGAGCAGGAAGUGAGGACAGGAAGCUUUCAGGGUUCUUCCUCCAACAUGGUUUCACCUCACAGUGAUGAAACCAACUUUAUUUAAAUGAGAUCUUUGUGCCCAAUUUGAGCUCUCUGGUUUGAUGCUCUCACAUUAUCAUUAGCUGGAUUUCCUCAGUGUAUGGCUGACCUGUUAAGGCCCUGCGUAGCGGCUGCACGCCGGGUUUCCUCAGAUAAACGUACGUGUCCGAUGUGUCUCGGUGCUUCUCGCUCUCGUGUGCCUCAAAGGAUCACGCUGCACUGAGGCAGAAGAAACGGCCGCAGAUGUUAACUGUGAUGUCAUUUCAAUAUCCAAAUGUUUUUACAAAUAAAACAUGUUUUACAAGCUAA